AAAUCAAAAAUAAACAAAAUAAACAUGUCGGUAAAGUUAUAAUCAAAGAUGAAGUUUUUAUUGCCGAAAUAGCUCAGUCGGUAGAGCGUUAGACUGAAGAUGAAUUUUUUAAGAAUUCGUGCAAUAGCAAAAUUUGGAGAAAUUGUUUCGAAACGCUUUUCGCUACUUCAGGAAAAGCUUAAACUUCCAGAGAAAUGGAAAGGUGGCCGAGUCGAACAAUGGAGUUUAUUCUGGCAAGGAAUGUUUCUUGAUUAUAAAACAGUUGCUACAGAUGUUAUUCAAGGUGCUAAAAAUAGACCUCAUAAAGCAGUUCUGGUCGCUUCAGGUCUUGGAGUCCUGUUUACUGCUUUGAAGACAAAUCCAGAUGAACAGUCCUUUUAUGAUCAAAUCUUAAACUGUGUAUGUAUUUUGGCUAUGGUCGGUGAUCCGAUUCGGAACCCGAAAUCAGAAGAACACAUCAAUUAUCUUGUACGAUAUCAGAACCAAAGCUUACUGAGGAGAACAGAUUUGCUUUUUUUCAAUUUAAUAUGGGUGGCUGAUUACCCUAAAAACUGUGGCAUCUAUGCUGCUCACUGUAAAUACUUGAAACCUCAUUACCUCACUUUUUACCAAAGGAUUAUAGACGUCGGUAUAUUUGGUACUUGGUGGAAUAUGAAGCUGAAAAUGAGAGAUUUUGAUGUUAAUCCAAGUGAGUGGGUUGAUAAAACAUGAUUCAUUAAAAAAAUUAAAAUUUAAAUUGUUUCUUGUUACUGA